UGUCCGUGAGGGUGCAUGCAUCAGUGUUGUCACCGGAGAAACAAUUUACUCCGCCAUUACGUGGAUUUUGUAUUUUAUUAUAAAAAUAUAAACAAUUGUAUAUUAAUUACAAACAAUAAUCAACAUGUCAGAUAGCCAGUAUUCUGGGUAUCAGCAGCAGGCGUACAGUCAGUACAGCCAGCCGCCUCCUUCAUCUGGUCAGGAUACAUCGUAUCCACCUCCAGCAUCAUCUGGAGGUGGUAGUCAGUAUAGUCAAUACAGUCAACCACCACCACCAAAUUCAAGCAGUAAUUAUGGUAGUUAUAAUAAUAAUUAUGGUAACUCAGGAACCCAAGAUUACAAUCAAUCAUCAAGUUAUGGACAAAGUGGCUAUGGAGGUAAUUCUGGUAGCCAAAGCUCUGGAGGAAGUGGUGGUGGCGGUGGAAGUAGUGAUCGUAAUAGUAGCUACAAUAAUAGCUAUGGUGGGGGUGGUGAUGGAGGAGGAAGAAGCCAAGGUAGCAGUGGUGGAUACAGCCGUGGAAGUUCUGGAGGAUAUGGAGGAAGUGGUGGAGGAAGCAGUGGAGGUCGCUACAAUGAUCGUGGAAGCAGUGGAUACGGUGAUCGAUCCAGUAGUGGUGGUGGAGGAUAUAACAGUGGCGGUGGCCGUGGUGGUUAUAACAAAGGGGGCUAUGGUGAUCGCAAUGGAGGAGGUGGUGGUGGUGGUGGCAGCAGCAACACCAACAGUGAUGGCAUGUACGUACAAGAAGACACAAUUUUCGUAUCUGGAAUGGAUCCAUCAAUAUCAGAAGAAGAAAUAUGUUCGCAUUUUGGUGCAAUUGGUAUCAUAAAGACUGAUAAACGAACAAAUAAGCCAAAAAUUUGGAUUUACAAUGAUAAAAAUACUGGCAAGCCAAAAGGUGAAGCAACAGUAACUUAUGAUGAUCAAAAUGCAGCACGUUCAGCAAUUCAAUGGUUUGAUGGAAAAGAUUUUAAGGGUUCAAAAAUUAAAGUACAAAUUGCACAACGUAAUUGGCAAGGACGUAGUAGUACUGGAGGAAGUGGAGGUGGAGGUGGUGGUGGUGGUUCAAGAGGAGGUAGUGGUUCACGUGGUGGUAGUCGUGGUGGAUUUGGUGGUAGCCGAGGUGGUGAUCGUGAUGAUGAUCGUGGUGGUGGUGGUCGUGAUGGAGGUAACAGUGGAGGACGUGGUGGUGACUGGAGAUGUCCAAAUGCUGAUUGUGGUAAUACAAAUUUUGCCUGGCGUGAUGAAUGCAAUUUGUGCAAAAGUCAAAAACCUGAAGGAGCUGGUGGAAGCUCAGGUGGACGUGGUGGUGGUGGUGGUGGACGUGGAGGUGGUAGUGAUCGUGGUGGACGAGGUGGUGGAUUUAGAAAUGACAGGGGUGGACGUGGUGAUUCAAGAGGAGGAUCAAGAGGAGGUGGUGGUUUUCGUGGAGGAGAUCGCGGUGGUGGUGGCGGUGGUGGCCGAGGAGGCGGUAAUCGAUCAAUGCGAGGAGGAGGAGGCGGCGGACGAGGCGACAGGGACCGAGACCGUCAACGACCCUAUUAAUUUUAAUAAAUAUUCCUCGAGGCAGUCACUGCGUUUAACUUCUUCUUUUCUUUUUUUAAUUACCUAAAAUUAUCAUUAUAUAAUGUCAUUGCGUUUGUGGUCUCCAAAUUAAAUUGUCCCCCCUCGCUGAGAAUGUGUACAUUUCCUAUCAAUUUUUUAUUUGUUUUUUUUUUUUUUUUUUUUUUAUUAUCAGUAACAGUAAAUAUUGUGUCACACCAAUAUUGUAAAUGAAUAGCAAUUUUUCAUUGUCAUUUUUUAAAUAAUUUUUGUCACA